GCCCUCUGUCAUUUUUCUCCUCCCCCUGCCAGACAGACCAGACAAACUCAGACAGAGGGAUAACAUGGAUCCAAACACGACGAUUCUUCGAGUCAAGAGGAAAAGGGGAACUGACCCCGCCGAUGCCUUGCUGCUGGCGUGUAAGCGUAUCCGUCCAGAGUCAUCCCAGAGCCCAGGGGAGACUGUACCGGAGCCAAAAGAGGCCGAAAUAGAAAACUCAGUCUUCAAACUCGUGGCGACCGUAGCGACACAGGAUGCUCCUGUUCAGACCCAGGUCCGCCAGGCUCUUCAUCGACCUCGCAUAGCCCACCCGCUGCGCCCCUCAACUAACAGCAAGCAGCGGAUAGUUGGGGACCUUCGGAGCACAAAGUGGAGCACACGGAGAGAGGAACGCUACAGAAUACUGUCAAACCUUCGCACAGGGGUGUCGAGCCAAAAUGAGCAGCAAACCCCCAAGACAGAUACAUCUGAGGGUGCACAGGAGAGUGGAAAGGAGCAUCAGAAAUGUUUGGGUCUUGGUGAGAUCCAGGUGGUCGAUCUUGUGCAUGAGGAUGUAGAGGAACAGGACAAGUCCUCUGGCAAGAUGCUGUCAGAUCCAGAAGUGAUCCUGUGCAAUAACACCAAGAUGCUGCGGGAGAGUCUGAGCUUAUCUGAAGAGAGGCUCGGAGAGGAGCAUCGAGAGCAGGAUGCCGACUAUGUCUACGACCUUUACUACCAGGAGACCGUUACGCCAGGCUGGAUCCAGGACAUCCUGUCUGUCAGGGCCUACGUCGAUGAGGGAGAACUGGUUCCAGAUGUUGUGGUUCAUGAGGAAGAGGUGUAUGAAGAUGAAGAUGACGAGAAUGAGGAAGGCAACUGGAGGAAUGACUAUCCAGAUGAAGAGAGUGGCACAGACAGUGACAGAGAGGAGCGCUAUGGUGGUUACUGGGAGGAGGAGCACUCGUACAGUCGGAGGAGCUGGGAGCGCUACCAAAGGGAGGUGCUGCAUGAGCUUAGCUGCCAGGGUGAAGAAAAUGAUGACGAUGACGAUGAUGGAGAUAAAUAUGAUUCAGAUUGAGCAGUUUCCCAUUCCACACCUGUUCAUGUAUCCUCAAAACAUCCCUUUCACAAGGACCACCAUGCUCUGUAGACCUCUGUGUAGGGGAGGGAGUUCAUCAAGAAACAAAAACCUCCGAUCUUAUCAAAGUAAAGCAGAAUUUGGCGAAAACAAAAAUUAGUGUUUUUUUUUUCCAGCUGAACCACUGAAGGAACAGGUUUAAAUUUAAAAAGUUACUACAAAGCUGUUGAGUAUAAACUUGGAGGCUGCAAGCCAGAGUGCAGCUUUUUUAGCCCAAAAACUGAGUCUAAUCCAGUAUAGUAUAUUAGUUCCAACUUAAAACAGUGUUGUUACAUUAAACAGUUUGAAAGUAGUCACCUGGAUGUAUUUUAAUGCCAAGCCUGCAACUACAGGUAACUGUAAGUCUUGCUAAUUGAACACAAGACAAACUGCCCAUGGCCAAAAUAUGUUGAAAUUUACUUCGAACAGCAAAGUCAGAUCAGCGUGAGUAGGGAAAAAUAAAGUAAAAUGUUGUGUAAUAUUCACUGAAAAUGCUACUUUAAGCUUGUACACCAUACUAGAGAAAAUUGAAUCCACACAAUUAGUCUGAGUUUUAGAGUGAAAUCUGCCCCCCCCCCCUUUCCCACACAGAGUGAAAGAGCUGGUGCUCUCUCCAGUUGGAUCCAGAGUGUCUUUUAUUUUUUAACCGUGGUGGAGUGAACUUGUGUGUGGGUGUUGUGUUCAAAGUGAAUGUGUGUUAGAAAUGUUGCAUAUUAGUGUUAAAUGCCCGGUAUGCUUUGUGCUGUUAGCACUUCUGUUAGUGAGACGUCUUGAGCUGCGUGUGUUUGCAUUUUGUGCAUGGUAGUGCGUGUAGGUAUAACUGUGUGUGUUCAGGUUUUUUUGCAUAAUGUGAGUGUGACACAUAAGUGUUGUUGUGAGUACGUGUGGUUUAGAAAUUCCUCUUUGUUUCUCUUGGAUGCUUGUUGAAUGAAACUUUUUUGUAAAUAUGUAGAUGUGUAUAAAAAGAAGACUUUCAAAUAAACUUGAAACAUCUGUGUUAA